AUGAUUAUGGUACCGCUCAUCAAAAACAAAUCGUUUCAGGACUCUCCUAUGCGAUUGCACGGCUCAUCAGCCAGCAGUGCAUCAGUGGCGAGUCGUCUCUACGGUACUCGUUCACGUCGUGACUCCCUUGGCUCCGAUCCAGAACUCAUCUCGUUCUCCGAUACGGAUAUGCAUGAUAUCACCAAUCAGGUGACAAUGAUCUCGAAGAAACUCUCCGAGAUGGAAGAACAGCAGUUGCACAGCAACGACGAACGUGGUCGACUUCGAACGGAGAACGCCGUCCUAACAGAGCGUGUUCACGUGCUCGAAGAACAGCUGUUGGUCGCUGAGCAAAGGUUUCGAGAACAGCUACAGGAUGAGAAGAACCGGACACGAGAGCUGUUACAGCGAAUUGAGCGUGAAAAACAAUUGGAGAAUGAAAGCCUAUCAUUGAAAUAUCAGACCUUAUAUGCGGCCAGAAAAGAGGCAGAGAAAGCCCGGGAGGAGACGGCGAAACAGCUUGAAGUCGUGGAGGAUCUUCGUGGACAGCUGGCUGAGAACAAGUUGCUCAUUGAAGAUCUUGAGGAUGAACGCAUUAAGUUCAAAGAAGAAGCCCAGCAAGACAUUGACAGCAGUUCAGAAAUGGUCGAGGUACUUACGCAGCAAACGGAGGAAUUGCGGCGAAACGGUGCGCCCAGACAGGGGUCGAUAAUCGAGCAGAUGAGCGGCCUUGAAGAGUCGUUGGAGCAGGCACGUGCGGACAUUCGCGACUUGCAACGCGAACGUGACGACUUGCAAGCACAAUUAUUGGCUGCCAGUGUCGAACGAGGGCGGAGUUUGCUGGCCGACGAGCCGUCAUUGGCUGACGAACUCAUGAGCGGAGGCGGAGACUCGCAACAGAUUCUGGAAGCGCUCCGCGAACAAGAAGUCUGUAAUCAAAAACUGCGGGUGUAUAUUAAUGGUAUACUAAUGCGUGUUAUUGAACGACAUCCGGAGAUUCUUGAGAUUGGUGAGCGAACAGAAGCAACAAGCACCCAGUUGACGGUGCGCCGGAGCAGCCACGACUCAGCUAGCCGACGCCAUGCCCGAUUCGUCAUCGUCAUCGUCAACGUCGACGCCGUCGUUGUCAGCACGUCUGACGUCUUAUCUCCCAACAUCGUUCUUACGGUGGGGUUGACGUGA